GAGGUGCGGUUGUGAGUCUCAGAUAGGAGCGGGGGACACCUCGGGCCCGGGGGAGCGCGGCCGCGGCGGCGGGCCGGCUGUAGUCGGUCCGAAGGGAGUGACUCGGGCGACCGGUGGGCUGCUUUCUUUCCGGUGUUUUUGAUUUUUUUUUUUUUUUUUCCUUGCCUUUUGGUCCCGGCCGAGUGUCGCCCGCUGAGCCAGACCCAGAGUGAUCCUCCGGUCAGUUGUUGGGCGCGCGAUCGCCCGGAGCUUUCCGGUGCCCCGAGCGCAGAGCGGGCGCGCGGGGCGCGAAGGAGAGGGGAGCGGAGCCCGCCCCGGACGAGGGGAGGGGGCCGGAGCUUGCCUGCCUCGCUCUCUCACCCAAGCGGGUCCGCUCGCGCAGGGCGCAGGGCGCGCGCGAUGAAGGCGGUGAGCCCGGUGCGCCCCUCGGGCCGCAAGGCGCCGUCGGGCUGCGGCGGCGGUGGCGGCGGCGAGCUGGCGCUGCGCUGCCUGGCCGAGCACGGCCACAGCCUGGGCGGCUCGGCGGCCGCGGCGGCGGCGGCGGCGGCCGCGCGCUGCAAGGCGGCCGAGGCGGCGGCCGACGAGCCGGCGCUGUGCCUGCAGUGCGAUAUGAACGACUGCUACAGCCGCCUGCGGAGGCUGGUGCCCACCAUCCCGCCCAACAAGAAAGUCAGCAAAGUGGAGCUCCUGCAGCACGUUAUCGACUACAUCCUGGAUCUGCAGCUGGCGCUGGAGACGCACCCGGCUCUACUGAGGCAGCCGCCGCCGCCCGCGCCGCCGCACCUCCCGGCCGGGACCUGCCCGGCCGCGCCACCGCGGACCCCGCUCACCGCGCUCAACACCGACCCGGCCGGCGCGGUGAACAAGCAGGGCGACAGCAUUCUCUGCCGCUGAGCCGCGCGUCCCAGGUGUGCGGCCGCCUGAGCCCGAGCCAGGAGCCCUAGAGAGGGAGGGGGAGAGAGCAGGAGGUAGAGAAAAAGCCACCCGGAGGAAGGAAACAUAACAAAAAAGAUCAGCAAAUCCUAGAAACGUUUCAAUCGUCAUUCCAAGAGAGAGGGAAGGAAAAGAAAACUUUUCAUCUUUGUUAAUUUUUUUUUUUUUUUGCACGUUCAUAAACAUUCUACAUACGUAUUCUCUUUUGUCCCAUUUAUAACCGCUGUGAAUUGUACAUUUCUGUGUUUUUUGGAGGUGCAGUUAAACUUUUAAGCUUAAGUGUGACAGGACUGAUAAAUAAAAGAAUCAAGAGUAAAUCCGACUGUUAGAAACCGACCUUGUGACCAAGGAGCUGAAUUUUUGUUUUGAAGCUUUACUAAUAUACCAGAACAUUGUAGAUAUAUUUUUUUUUUUUGACAUCUAUUGUUUAAAAUAGAUGUUUAUACGGGGGCAGGAAACUUUCUGUUCCCUGCAAGAAUGUUACAUAUUGUAUAGAUAACUGAGUGACAUUUCAUACCAUGUAUAUAUAGAGAUGCUCUAUAAGUGUGAGAAAGUAUAUGCUUUAAUAGACUACUGUAAUUAUAAGAUAUUUUUAAUUAAAUAUUUUUUGUAAAUAUUAUGUGUGUGUUUUUUUUUUAAUCUGUGGGAAUAUUUCUUUUGGAAAAUUAUUUUUCAGCUCAGUUGAAGAGCUCUUGAUAAUCUUGAAUGUCUUUUCUGUUUGGUCUGGCUCUUAAUUUGUUUUUGUUUUGCCUGGUGUCCUGUAGACUCGGAAGUAACAGUUACAGCUAGUGAUCCUGCAUGACUGCAUGAGAUGUUUAAUCACAAAAUAAACUUGUUCUGAGUCCAUUCAAAUGUGUUUUCUUUAACCUAGAUCGAAAUCUUUGUAUUUGAAGUCUACAUGUGGAAAAUACGCUUUAUCAGUUUUUAAGUACAGGGUUUGAUAGUAUAAUAUAUAAAGAGUAAGUGUUUGUUUUUCCUUUUUUAACCGAGGUCAAGAUGGAUUCGGAAUGAUUUUGCUUACGGGAUGGGGGAAUGCUUGGAUCCUGAUGAGUUUAUGAAAUCUACUGUUUUAUCAAAGUGGAAAAAUGCUUAUCAUUCUUCAUUUUACACUAAAGCUUAAUGUCACUGAGUUUCAUGUCUGUACAGAUUAUUUAAAUCAUAGAAAUGAAAAAUGUUCUCUGCUUGCUACCAAAGGACAAACUCUUGGCAAUGAACACUUUCUGCUUUCCUUCCUCCAAAGAAUAUUAAUAGGCAACAGUGGGAGAAAAAAAAAAUGUAAAAGGCAUAAUGGCAAAUCCUUCAAGCAGGGAUAAAAGUCGAUCUUCAAACAUUAACUUAAGUAGACCAAAAAUUCUGAUGACCGCAUCUAGAUUAUUUUUUUAUAAAAAUGAUUUUCACUAUAGCUAUGUUAGUUAACCGCUAAACUACUGUCCAAUCUCUUGUGAUGUGUAACUUUUACAUGUGAAUAUUAAAGUAGAUUUAUCUGUCUUGUACCGUGAUUUCUGGUCUCAUUUCUUCAAAACCUUAACACUUUUUAAGACUUUCUUUUCUCUCGAAGGAAGGUAGUAUUUUCUGGGUUAGAUAGGACUGUCAGGGCUCGUGAACAUUAUGCAUUUAAUGUGAUCAGUGCUCUACACACCAGUUAGAUGGAAUUUUUAGAGUGAGAGAGAAUUAAGUAGGAUUUAAUUGGGUGCUUUGUAAAUAGUUAGUCAACUGUGUGUGUAACGUGGUCUGUUUGAUUUUUAAAAGGAAAGGAUUUGUUUCAGCUUAUACAAGAAUAAAAGUAUUACAAACCCAAGGGACUUUUUGUGAGGUCAAAGUCAAAUAUUUAUAUGAAUAUGAAAUAUGGCCUCUAGUAGUCAGUUGAAAUGGCAGUAUCUCAACAGAAAUGAAUAAAGUUAAUGCUAAUAGAUUCCAAAAAAUGUAAAGAUUUUUAAAAAUCUGUCCCCUAUCUCCAUCAUGUUACCCCCUCAGCUUUGACAUUUCACUGGUCUUAGGUAUUUUUAGAAUUUGAUGUUGAGACUUAUAAAGUCAAAGGACUACUUGUUUAGAUGAGGUUUAUUUUUAUUUUUUAUAUUCAUUCUUGUCACACAUCGAGGAAAACGCAAGAACACUGCUGGAAUUCCAAGUCUGAAGAAUUCUAACGAUUGCAUUCUUUGUUAUUAAGAAAGGGGACAAUCCCUCCUUUUUAUUUGGCAGCUUAAUUUCAGUAGGAAGCAAGUCACAUGUGCUCUCUUGGUUGGAGUUAGGCAUUUGUCAGGCCUAACUACCAUAUCCUACCUAAGUUUUUAAGCAGAGCUUAAACUCAUGCUGCGAGAUUGUACAUCUCAAAAUGAAUGUUUUUGAUUUUUGAAGAUAAGGCUUGCUCCUUAAUUAAUUUCAUAUUUGGGGCAUGACGAACCACUAAAAAGGAAAAGAGUAUUAUGGAUGUUAACAUUUGAGAGACUUGACAUUUUCCCCUCAGCCACUCACGCAGCACUGAAUGUCUCUAAAGAAGCAAAGUCACUGUUCACUAAAUUUAUAUGCAGUUGUAUAAGAUAGUACAUUCUAUUUAAUGUUGGCUGUGUCCUAACCAAGUAACCACAUAACAAAAACAUUUGUCAUUCAUCUAUGUAGUUCUAAUGAUUCAGAUAUUUGGUUUAACAGAAAAAUAUUCUGACUUCUCUCAUUUAGUUUGUCUGUCUUUAACAUAUAGGCACAACCAAAGAGUAAGAAUCGUUUACACCUACAAAGGGAAAAAAAAUCUCAUGGUAGAUGUUUCUGAUUGUGGUUUUAAAAUCCUGAACAUCUCAAGACAUUUCGUGUUGAAGGAAAAAAAUAAAACUCUUUCAUUUCAAAGAACUAAUAUACUUUGACAUUGUGUAAAUCUUGUCUGUUGUCAAACUUUAACUGAAUUUUUAGAACUUUUAAAAAUUUUCACCCCAUAGUCUAUUGUAUUAAAUGCCUUCUAUAAUAAUAAAUCUUCACUGAGCAAA